UGGGGAAAGAGAGGAAAGAGAGGAAAGAGGAAAACAUAGAGAUGGGUCGAGCUCCAUGCUGUGACAAAGCCAAUGUGAAGAAGGGACCAUGGUCUCCUGAAGAGGAUGCUAAGCUUAAAACUUACAUUGAGCAAUAUGGUACUGGAGGCAACUGGAUUGCUCUUCCCCAGAAAAUAGGACUUAAGAGAUGUGGAAAAAGUUGCAGACUGAGAUGGUUGAAUUACUUGAGACCUAACAUCAAGCAUGGUGGAUUCUCUGAAGAGGAAGACAGCAUCAUCUGCAACCUCUAUAUAAGUAUUGGUAGCAGGUGGUCGGUAAUUGCAGCCCAAUUGCCUGGAAGAACAGAUAAUGACAUUAAGAACUACUGGAACACAAGACUGAAGAAGAAGUUGCUUGGAAAGCGUAAACAAUCUCAUUUCAAUCGACUUUCGGUUGCAGGUCAGGACCCUAAAGAUGCAACUGGUGUAGAAGAUAAUCCAUAUUCACAGGCCUUAAGCAAUUCUGCCCUUGAAAGACUGCAGCUCCAUAUGCAGCUUCAGAGCCUGCAACACCCCUUUGCUUUCUACAAUAAUCCUGCACUGUGGCCCAAGCUGCAUCCCCUCCAAGAAAAGCUGAUCCAGAACCUCCAGAAUGAGCUCCCCAGCCCUCUGAUGCAACAUACCGCACCUAGUUCUGACCAGAUGGGACAAGAACAGAAGUCUGGGUUCUAUGAACCGCCCACUGCUUCCAUCACACUUCAACAAGAGCAUCCGAAAAUCAACAAUCCAAAGGGAGAUGAAUUUGAGAAAUCUUUAAAUGUUUUGCCCUCCUCAGACAGUUCGAUGGCCUACAACAGCGAAAAUAUGGUUGGUGCACCUAUUAUGUCUAAACCAGAUGGUGUAGACCAAUCCAACAUUGGACAACAAGCAGUAUCAACCUUUCAAGCUGAGCUUGAUGACUUCCUUAAUAACAAAAUGGUUGGUUUCCUUCCACAGGAAGAGCAGAUGACUGAAAUAUAUGGCUCCAAGGACAGCUUGGCUUGGUGGUCUAAUGACUUUGACACAAAAUCGGCAUCCUCACACUCUUGGGAUUCCACUCCUGUUAUUCAGUCUGAGGGGAUGUUCCAAGAUUAUGUAUUAGGUUACAGUCUGCAGUGACAAACCAUAGAAGGUUUGAUGAUGUAAGCUUAAUAUAUUUGUAAUGCUCAUAAAGAGUGGAGGAAGACAGGAGAAUCUGUUAGCUCGGUCUGUGAAUUAUGUGAAUAAUAAUGUUGAUUUCCUUAGUGUC